CGUCAAAAAUCUUUAAAGGUGAUAUUCUUGAUCAGCUCGACGUGCUCUAUCCAACCAUGUAUAAUUCGACCAGAUUCAUUUUAUCACUAACCUUUUGAAUUUCCGGCACCUUACCUAAUUCAGUACACAUAAUUGUUUUUCCAGCAGUGCUUUUUCUCAAAUUGUAAGACUAAACAACAGUUUGUUUAUUCUAAAGUUCUUUUAUAAUAAUAAUAUUCUAGUAUAAUGGUCUCACCUGAUUCAUUAAGCCGAAAUGUGGCAAUAAUUGCAACCAUAUUUGGAGCUAUUGCUUUAGUAUUAGCCUGUGUCGGUGUUGGUACACCCAACUGGCAAGUGACUUACACAGAUCCUCCCAACAACACAAAUGUAGGAAGUACAACUAACUUUUUCUAUACAUGUAUAAUUAACAUAAAUUGUUUAAAUAAUAAUCAAUUGAAUACAACCAGUGAUUAUUACAAUCGUUUGAGAAAUUCUGCCGGUCUAUCAAUUGUUGGUAUUUUAUUUUUGGCAUUUGGUACUAUAAUGACACUCGUCAUGGCACUUACGAAUUUUUAUUAUAGUCAUCUUUCUGGACCGAUACUCUUAUUCUUAGCAGCAUUAUUCAUGAUGGCAGCACUAGCUGAAGGCGCGCGAGUCUUAUUUUACAAUGGAUAUGCAGCUAAUUUAUAUGAAACCGGACAUUUACUAACAAUAUUUACAUUAGGAUUCUCAGCAUUUGCCUCUGGUAGAAUUCAAUAUUCAAAAGCAGCACUAACAACACCACGCGUCAGAUAA